CGGGCACCGGCAGGGGUCAACAAAACCGCUGUCUCCAGGUCCCGUUGGACUUGGAAGUCAACAAGUUUUAUUUUCGCAUUGAAGUCUUCACAAGCUUUCGUACACAAUUCCGCGUCGCUCUUCCCGAACAACAACCCACCUGUGAUAGACAAAACGAAGAUGGCCAACUCGACCAGCGUCGGGCCCAAGAAGGUCUACCUCAUCCUCUACAACACCGCCUCCGCGAUCGCCUGGGCGACCAUCCUCGGGCGGGCUGCCGUCGUGCUGCGGUGGAGGGGCCCAUUCUUCGUGCCGCUUGUCGUCGACAACUUUGCACGCAUCACGCAGACAUGCGCUCUGAUGGAGGUCCUACACGCUCUCACCGGCGUCGUCCCCGCCCCUGUCUUCACCACCGUCAUGCAAGUCGCCAGCCGGCUCUUUCUGAUGUGGGCCGUGUGCUGGCCGUUCCCGCAGCUCAACGCGAGCGUCUUCUACUCGUCGAUGCUGUGCGCCUGGAGUCUCACCGAGGUGAUUCGGUACACGUACUUUGCGCUGAAGCAGGUGGAGGCGGUCCCUGGUUGGCUGCACUGGCUGCGAUACAGCGCGUUCCUGGUGCUGUACCCCGUCGGCAUUAGCAGCGAGGUGGCCAUGACGCUGCAGGCGGCGUUCGGCCCCGCGUCAGCCCUCGCGUCAUGGUAUCCUUACGCGCUGGCGGCCGUGAUGUUGUCGUAUAUUCCGGGCUCGUUCAUUCUCUAUACCCACAUGCUGAAGCAGCGGAAGAAGUACCUCGGAGCUGGCAAAACCGCGGAGAAGAAGACGCAAUAAUGGAUUUCAAUCUUGGCAUGCAACUGAGGACGCAAACACCCUUCACGACCGCCAUACAUGGUUCGGCGAGAUUAUUAAUAGAGCACGCCCCGGAGGCAAAUUAUUGAAGUAUGAACGCAACGAACGCGAUGGCCACACUACGAUCUCUGUUCGGGCAUCCUUGCUGUCAUGCACGGACUGCGUCCGCAGAGUUGCUCUCGUACCAGUCAUUGCGCAGCCAGCCCACAACCAUAUCCCUUGCCUCGAUUGCUAGCUUUUGAUAGCCCGGAUUGUCCUG